AUGACAAAACCCGCGCCUUCCCGGCGCCCGUGGCGUCUACGCUUCCUCUACUUCGCCGUGUGGCUCGUGGCGUUGGUCACCCUCGCCAGCUACCGCUACCGGCUCGCCACCGGGCCGGCUCCAGCCGUUCCCCUCGAUCCGAUCCGAGAACUCGACCCUUACCAGGCAUUACUGCUUCACCUUGAGUCCGAUCCAUUGCGUGAUGGUCUCGGGAAACCGACAAUUAAUCCUGACCCGAAACAUGUGGCUCGCGGCCGCCAGGCAAUGGUCGCCUGUGAUGUUCCCCUCUGUUCGACUAUGGGCAAAGAUAUCCUUCGUCAGGGAGGUAACGCUGCCGACGCUGCUAUUACUGUUGCCUUGUGUAUUGGCUCAGUCAAUUCUCAUUCACUGGGGAUUGGUGGUGGCGGGUUUAUCCUUUCCAAGAACGGUGACGAUGUGAUUUCCAUUGAUGCUCGGGAAGCUGCCCCUAAAGCUGCUUCUAAGCACAUGUACGAUGAGUUCCCUCUUUACAGUAUCAUCGGGGGACGAGCAGUGGCCGUCCCUGGUGAAUUGAAGGGGCUCUGGAACCUCUACCAACACCACUCGUCGGGUAACCUUACCUGGAAACAGCUCUUUGAACCGGUGAUUAAGCUCAAUCGGGAAGGAUGGCCAUGCUCGGUGUUGUUUGAGCUUAUCCUCCAAGUUGAGAACGAACAGGUGUUUCUGCUUGCCCCUCAAUUGAAGGAAGGGUGGGACUUUAUCUUCCGCGACGAUGGCUCGAUGUUACAUCGUGACGACUGGAUCAAACGUCCUAACUAUGCUGACACGCUUGAGAAGAUUGCUGAAAGUGGAUCUGCUGAUAUCUUUUACGAUCCUGAUGGUGAACUCGUCAAGGGUAUGGUGGCGCUGGCUAAGCGUCUGGGGGGGCUUAUCGUGGCUCAAGACUUUGCCAACUACGACGUUGUGGUCGAAAAGCCUAUUUCCACCGUCAUUAACUUCCCUCAAGGCCUGAAAACCGUGUACACAGCUCGAGGUGUAUCACUGGGUUUAGCGAUGAUUGCUGGACUUAAGUUCUUCACACGAGUUUUCAAAAAUGAUGGUCCGCUGUUAUAUCUCCACAAACUCAUCGAGUCGUUCAAGUGGCUUGCUGCCAUCAGAACCCGUUUUGGCGACACCGAAGACGUCUACAAAGAGAAACUCAUCAAAAACUAUACCCUGGACGCUUGGAUCGACUCGGUGUUUGCCGAAAACAAAUACAGCGACGACCACACUUUUGACUGGUCUUCUUAUGGACCCGAAUAUGAGAUGGCCCUGCUGAUGGGUACGGCCCAUUUUUCAGUGGUCGACAAACAUAACAAUUCCGUGGCAAUGACCACCACCGUCAAUCUCUUAUUCGGGAGUUUGGUCUACGACAACCGUACCGGGAUCAUCCUCAACAACGAGAUGGAUGACUUCUCCAUGCCUCAACGCCCCAACUCGUUCAAUUUGACUCCUUCAGUGCACAACUUCAUUCGGCCCCAUAAACGUCCCUUGUCCCUGACGUCGCCUACUAUCAUCGUUGAUAAACAUGGACGUCCCGAGAUGGUUAUCGGCUGUGCCGGCGGGCUGCGUAUCCCCACUGCGGUGCUUCAAGCCAUCAUCGGAGUGUAUUUCUACAAUUAUACCAUGCUUGAGGCGAUUGCCUAUCCCCGUCUUCACCACCAGUUGAUCCCUGAAGCGGUGAUGGUGGAGAAUCGAACCGUGCUCAACGAGCUUUAUCCAAAGGCUGAAGCCGCCUUGCGUAAGCGCAAUCACACCAUUCUUGAGCUGGGGACUCUUAGUGCCAUGAACGGGAUCAGAUGGCUGGAAGAGGAUCAACAAUACCAUGGCGUCAGUGACUUCUGGCGCAAGAUGGGCCGCGCCGACGGCUACUAG